AUGACUGAUUGCGUAGAUCAUUUGAUCAGUAUUUGGAAACAAAGAUUUGAAAACAAAAAGGAUGCUAUUUGUACAUGUUUAGUUGAUGAUAAUCAGCAACUAAUGUUGGAUAUGUUCACACUACUCACAUUUGAUUACGAUCUUGGUAAUUUAAAGCGUUUAUCGGAAGCUGCUAGUUUAUCUAAUAGAGGAGAAAAAUCUAAGCUAUCUGAAUUUAGCCAAGCAUUGUCAAUAUGGCUUAACGGAUUUAAACGCGUUACAGUCAAUGGAAUGCCACUGAUUGUUAAUUAUUAUUUAUUGAAAUUCGAUAGAACAUAUCAGAAAGCUUUAAAAACACUAGAAAAUUAUGCAGAAAAGAUUAUUGCCAAAUGUCAACAAGAAACUGAUCUAAAUAAGAAACCAAUCAAUCUUGUUGCAUCAUUAGUAUCAUCAUUACAAAAGGAUGAAGUUUUGGAACAGUCGAAAUGUGAAACAGAAAAAAACAGGAAUUUCGAAAAAAGAAUUGUUGGAUGA